ACGAAGGGAAAAAGGACACAAUCAAAUUCGAUGCUUUAGGUAUGGCUCCGAUGGAAGAAGAGUAUUUCAGUGAUUCAAUGAAAGCCAAGCUACUGACUAAUAGGGCAAAGAUGAGAUAUGCUGAUACAUACAGACUGGAGUCGCAUAAUAAAUUUCAUGGUUAUUUAGUGAGAGACAAAGCUCAAGCGAUACUGACGAUAUUUCAAAAUUGUUUUUGAUGAAAUAAACUUCAACAAGCCAAAUAUGAUGGAGUUUCUAGUCCGCCCUUGUGUGCUUCAAUCUCAGAAGAAAUAUUAAAGGCUGUGAAAGAAUUGGACUUUGACCGUUACGAGUACAUUGUAUCAGUACUAAUUGUGGAAAAGGCAGGUCAGCCAAUAAAUGUUGCCAGCAGAUGGGUCUGGGAUGUUCAGAGAGACACUUGGGUUUCAGCUAAAUGUGAAACUGAAACAUUUAUUGCACUGGCAUUGGUAGUGGCUUGUUAUUACGAGUAA